UGGUAGUGACAGGCAGAAGUGUUGGGAUGAGGAAGUAGAGCUCGGUCAUCACACAGUGUUGGGUGUCUGUUUUCACAGAGGGCUUUUUCCUUCCCGAACAUUUCCUUUGCACUGCUGUCUCUUUGUCUUCCAGAAUGUCUAAGAACACCGUUUCUGAUCGCUUCAGGAAAGUAGACGUAGAUGAAUAUGACGAAAACAAGUUUGUGGACGAGGAGGACGGGGGUGAGAACCAGGGAGGUCCAGACGAAGCUGAGGUGGACUCUCUUCUCAGACAAGGGAACAUGACUGGAGCUCUCCAUGCUGUACUGAAGAACCCUCCAAUCAAUACCAAGAACCAGAAUGCUAAGGACCGAGCGGAGUUGCUGGUGGUCAAAGUGCUAAGUGGGUUUAAGAGUAGUGACAUAGAAAAAGCUGUGGGCUCACUGGACAAAGCGGGGGUAGACCUGCUGAUGAAAUAUAUUUACAGAGGCUUUGAGAAACCAUCUGACAACAGCAGCGCUGUCCUGCUGCAGUGGCAUGAAAAGGCUCUAGCAGUGGGUGGAGUUGGCUCCAUUGUCCGAGUUCUGACUGCAAGGAAGACUGUUUGAUGAUCCCAAAAUCCAUCUUGGUCCAAGUCACCAGAGAUGUUCAGGACUCGUGUCUUUUUAAAAAAGAAACUGGGGCUGUGUGACUUUCUGAUCCAUUCCUUUUUUUUCCUGUUUUCACCCACACCUCUGGGAUUCAGAAGCACUAGCAGUAAUGCAGGAAGGUGCUGGCACCUCAAACUGCUGAUGUCUGCCAGCUGUGCAGAAUUCCAAUUUUCUUCUUAAUGACAACACUGCGCCUUCCUCUAUGUGCUCAGCUUGAUAGUUACCACAAUCUAAUCUUCCUUAUUUCUUGGCCUCCAACUCUUGUCAGAUGGGAAGAGUGGGAAAGGUGGAUGGGAGUCUCAUUGACCGCUUUUCCUGUCUUCUUCCCAGUGCAUGCUUGGACUGAACUUCAUUUUACCUCACUGUAAACAAUUUUGCUUGGUCUUUUUUUUUUCCUACUUUACAAAAACCACAGCUUGUGUAACCUGGUUUUCAUGUGGCACUGUUGUGUGGAUGCUUUUUUUAUCUGAAAUAAAAUACAGAGCUAACACUGA